UGUUCUGGAAAAAGAUGGUCAACCAUACCCUCAAGGAUUUAAUUCACCACAACGUAACAAUAUGGGUCCCCAAGGCAUGCCACCUCAUCAGAUAUAUCAAUAUCAAGGCGGACCUCGAGGUGGCCCAAUGAUGAUGAGAUACCCUCCUGAGAUGGUUUCUCCUAAUAUGAGUCCAACACCCGUCAUGAUGCAACCCGGCCAACAACAUUCCACUCCACCACCAAUGCACCCACAAGCUCCCAUGCCACAACGACCCUCUGGUAUGGAAAGCGGAGGCAGGUCACCCUACACUUCUCCCCAGAAUUUAACUCCAACCAUGUCACCCCAGUCUAAUGCUAAUGCAACGUCUCCAAGAGCUUAAGCGUAUUUGCUGCAGCUAUAACUUCCCUAUCUUUGCUCCCAAGUCACUGUAA